GGCGGGGCGGCCGGAGCGCGGCGGGCGGAGCUGGCGCUGCCCUGGGCUGACCCCUUCGGGGGGCGCUGGGUCUGCGCGGGGCCGGGAGCGGGGCCCCCCUGGGCCGGGGCUGUGCCCGGGCCGGCCGGGAGACACCCGAUGCUGCCCCGCCAUGUGCAGAGGCUGGGCAGGGACUGGAUCACCCACUGGAAUGGCUCCCAGAUGCUGGCCUUGAACAGCCCAGUUUCCAGCUGUGUGAGAUGGGCCGGACACUAUCCUCCAUGGGCAUCGUUUCCGCUUCCUGUCUCAGCUGAUUUCUCAGCAAACUGGAGAUUCCCUUCAUUUUUUGGACCUUGGAGACAAUUUCAGAACUCUAAUUGGCAUCUUGAUAACUACACACAAAGUUGUUGCUUUCACCUACCCAGCCCCAGUAUGAAAUCUGAGGGAGAAGAACCAUUGACAAAGAAGAGAAGACUCAGUGACCAGGAUGAUACUUCAACUCCUGAGCAAGAAACAAACUUGUCUAAUGAGAAGGAGGUAUCUUGUCUUUCUGUAGCAGAGAAUGAAGAAAAACAUAGCRGCAAGAAAGGAAUCAUCAAAAGACAUUGGGAAUAUUUCUGUCAGCAGAGCAAAACAAUGAAAAUCGCUGAAAACAGAGGCUCUAACCAAAGCAAUACAGAAAGUGAGGCAACAUUUGAUUUUACGGUUAUGUCCUACAAUAUUCUCUCACAGAAUUUAUUGGAAGACAACUCUCACCUGUACAAACACUGCAGGCAGCGAYUGUUAUUCUGGACAUACAGAUUUCCCAACAUCCUACAAGAAAUCAAAGAGCUGGAUGCAGAUGUGCUCUGCUUACAAGAAGUCCAAGAAAACCACUAUAGAAGAGAGAUCAAGUCAAGUUUGGAAUCCCUGGGGUAUCACUGUGAGUAUAAAAUGAGGACAGGGAGAAAACCUGAUGGCUGUGCCAUUUGCUUCAAAACUUCCAAAUUUAGCCUGAUUUCCUCAAAACAYGUGGAAUUUUUUCGCCAUGAUAUCCCACUCUUGGACAGGGACAACGUUGGACUGGUAUUGCUGCUGCAGCCCAGAUUUSACUGUAAAGCCAAUGCUGCCAUCUGUGUUGCCAAUACUCACCUGCUGUACAACCCAAGGAGAGGGGACAUCAAACUGACCCAGCUUGCAAUGCUCCUGGCAGAGAUAGCCAACGUUGCCCGGCAGAAKGAUGGCUCCUUCUGCCCAAUUAUCAUCUGUGGGGACUUCAACUCUGUUCCUGGCUCUCCAUUGUACAGAUUUAUAAAGGAAGGAAAGUUAAAUUAUGAAGGACUUGCUAUAGGGAAGGUCUCUGGACAAGAACAGUUUCCAAGGGGACAAAGAAUCUUAUCUAUUCCAAUUUGGCCAAAAAAAUUAGGUAUUUCCCAAAACUGUGUAUAUGAAAUGAAACAUCAACAAAAAGAAGAAAAUGCAGGAGAAAAAUUGGAAGCAGCAAAACYAGACAACACUCAGGAGAUUGUAAUAUCUGAAAAGUCAUCUUCAAAAUURCAGCAUCAUUUUAAAUUGUCUUCAGUCUAUUCUCAUUACUUCCCUGAAACUGGGAUGCCAGAAGUGACAACUUGUCAUUCCCGAAGUGCUGUCACCGUGGAUUAUAUUUUCUAUUCUGCAGCAAAUGAUGAUAUUGCUGCCCAGCCAGGAGCAGAGGAUUCUUUUUGUGGGGGUCUGAAACUUCUUGGCAGGCUGGCACUUGUAACAGAGAAAGAUCUUUGGACUGUUAAUGGUCUUCCCAACGAAAAUAACUCUUCUGACCACCUGCCACUGCUAGCAGAGUUCAGGCUUAUUGAACGGUAACAUCCAAAGGACUUUCUGUGUAGGUAAAGUUCCCUUUACCUUCUCUCUUCAUGGGAUGAUUAUUAUUUUUUUAAAAGACAAAUUCAAGCACUGCUGGUCCGGUUUAAAUAAGUUUGCCUGCAUGCUUAUUUGUUAGUGCUGUGUAAAGUAAACUUUCUAAAGGGAUUUUUUUUAAAAACAAAAGUUUAAUUUACUUUAUGAAGUCUUUUAGGGAGAAAAAAGAAGAUUUUACAUUAGCUUCCUCUUUGGUAAAGGAAAACAUCUGUGCCAGACUCAAAAUGGCAUUAUUUUUCAUGGAUAUGUUGUAAAUUAUUUUUAUUGUAAAUCACAGUAAAAACUACUAUUCUGAGAUCUGUGUGUUUCUUCAAGCAAAGGGGAAGGUGUUUGUGUGCUUGCAGCAUCUUAUAAUGAGUUGAAAAUAAUGUUUUACUGCAAAUGUGCAGUGUGGACACUUCUAUUUUAAUCUUUAUGCAAAGGAAUUUACUGAGACUUUUUGGUGAAGAAGCUGCAAGAUUGAACUUUUAAAAGGAAGAAAGGCAUACAGACAAAUAKUUAUGCUUUAAGAAUUUUCUGCUUAAAAUUCUAAAGGCUUAAAUAUAGGUAGCAUUCACUAAAAUCUUUUAACACAUUUCUGAAAUAAAGCCAAGCUUACUGAGCACACCAUGUCACAGGAAACCUAACUGAUCUAUUAUAGGAGGAAAAAAAAAUUAGCCUUUGACAUCUUGAGGCUUCAUACAUAUUGAACAGCUCCUGACAGGGUGCUACUUUUUUCCACUUAGUAAUUAAAAAUGCUUUGUUGYAUCUUAAAAUGACAUAUCCUCAGGUAUUAAAUGAUCAAUGUUUUAUAUUUACUUUCACUAUACACUCAUAAACAAAAUUAUUUACAAAAUAAUUUAAAAAACAGCCUGAAUAGGAAACUUAGAGGGGCUGGAAACAAAACACAUGGGUAUGUAGAACCAACUUUGCAGUAACAGAAUUGUCUUUCAGUGUAGUGCUGGAAARCUUGCACCCAUGGUCCUGAAAUCACAUUCAGAUAUAUUCGUCUCCCAGAAGCACUUAUGAAAUUUUCAUCUGUACUCCCUUUCCCUGACUGCAGAGAACUGCAAUUACUUUGUGCUUGGRGAAUAAUGCAGGAAGUCUAGUGGUAGUAAUCAUAAAACCCACUGAAUUAAAAAAAAAAAAUUCCUGAGUGUUCCAUUACAAAGUGUGAUCAUCUGCCAAAACAGUCAGCUUACACUGCUGAGAAUUUGGAGGGGGCUAUUUUUGUCACAGAUAGUUGUAACUAAAGAGCUUUCCUUCUGCCUGUUAGCAGUCAGGUUGAUGCUGAGGAUAACAACCUUGUUUUAUAUGGAUGCUAUUUGGUUUCAAGUAUCUAAGUGAUCUCAUAGAUGCCAGCAUGCUUAACUAGAUGCAACAACUUUAUGGGUACAGCCAGGUUAGAGCUAAAAGCAUUGUUCAGUUGCAGCAACCCUUGUUAUGAGCAAGAACAAAAA